AUGGAUUUGGUAAACAUCGGGCAUAAUGUACACGUCGAUCUUCAUGAUGAAGUGACGGACUUAUACAAGCUCUCUGGGGGCGGUCUCCCUACUACCUACACAGCUACCUCGUUUCACUUCCACUGGGGGUCUAUCAACUCUCAAGGCUCAGAACAUCUAUUUGACGGAACCUCCUACCCCGCUGAGAUGCAGAUGAUUCACUACGACAAGUCCAAAUACGCCAAUAUCUCCGCAGCUUUGGCCGGCUCGCAAUGGGAUGCAAUCACCAUACUGGUUGUGAUGAUUGAGGUUGGCGAACAUAACACUGCUUUCGAUUCCGUCCUGAGUCACAUCAGCCAGGUCGCCAAUUACUCCUCGGGCAACACCUCCCUGGGCCAGGGCAACCUCCCAUCCUUCCCAAUCCGCAACGUCUUGCCAUCUGACCUGUCCAAGUUCUACCGUUACAAUGGUUCCAAGGCGUUGCCCGAUUGCAACGAGGCCAUCAUCUGGACCAUCUUUACAGACACGAUCUCUAUCUCCCAGGCUCAGUCUCCAAUUGUGCGGACUAGGCCUUUGACCAGCUGCUUUGGAUGGGUCGAGGUCUACAAACUUCUUUUUCAGAUUUUCUUCAGUGAUUUCUAUCUCAGCAAGGAGUUCUACAUCAGUUCCUUUGAAGAACUGGACACGUUCCGCACCCUGUACGGCGAUCGAGAUGAAUCACAAAAUCGUCGACAACUACCGCCGCAUCCAACCGCUGAAUGGCCGCACAAUCUACUACAGCAGUGCAGUUACCAUCUCACCAAUGAGGGCAUUGUUUAUCAUGGCACUUGCACUUAG